CCACACGCUGCCUCUUUUUCAGCGUCAAUCGUCGCAGCCCCUCGACCUUUUUUCCCCCGACGUGCCUCGCAUCGACAACGCAACAGACACCGCCAAAAUGGUCAAGAAGAGAAAGAACAACGGCCGCAACAAGAAGGGCCGCGGCCACGUCAAGCCCAUCCGCUGCAGCAACUGCUCGCGAUGCACGCCCAAGGACAAGGCCAUCAAGCGCUUCACCAUCCGCAACAUGGUCGAGUCUGCUGCCAUUCGUGACAUCUCGGAUGCCUCCGUCUUCUCGGAGUACACCGUCCCCAAGAUGUACCUGAAGCUGCAGUACUGCGUCUCUUGCGCCAUCCACGGCAAGAUUGUCCGUGUCCGCUCGCGCGUCGGCCGCCGCAACCGCGCGCCCCCGCCCCGCGUCCGCUACAACAAGGACGGCAAGAAGAUUACGCCCACGGUGGCCAAGGCCUAGGGGGAUGGAGUUGGGGUCUCGCAGGGAUAGACAUGAACAAUCAUGACGAAUCAUUCAGGGA